GCCCACCUACAGGCCCCGCCCACUCCCCCGCAACACAGACUAACGCGGAACGAACCAUUGGUAAGGCGGGAUGGGGGAGCCCAAACUGCCAUGAAGCCAGUGGUGGACCCGCCGUUACCGUUUGUUUGUCUUAGUUUCAAACGGUUGUCGUGGCACAGUUCUGCUUUGUCAACAGAGAGCCGGUGUAUAAGUCUCAGCCUGCAAAUAGGUGAAAAACAAACUCCGCACAGCCACCACCUCCCCCCUCUAUUAUUGUGUAGUGUCUGGACACCAGUCCCGAGGAAUGUCAUUAGGCUGGCUGUUUAAUAAUACGAGCUCUACGUAGAGCGGCUGAGGGCCAGUGAUUAUAUAGUAACGCCAGCGGGUAAGUCACGUGAUUUUCACAGACACCAUGACGUCCAUCAGAUUGGGGGCGGGGCCAUGACCUUCCUGUUGGCGCAUGCGCAGAGAUCCCGUGUCUGACAGUCGCUCUGGGUGAACCAUGGCAGCGCUGAGCACAGCAGCUUCCAGGCUUGUGGGGAGGAGAUUGCUGCGUGGCGGAGGGCUGGUGAGUGCCUCUUGCUGUACUGUCUGUCUAACACCGAUAUUUAACGGGCAGGUUAUGUAAUGCUGUUAGAGGGGGGGGCGGAGCCCAGUGAAGGUCACCUCCUUUACUCUGUGCUUAUUGGCUAGCUGUCGUCACAUGACUCAGGUUUUUCCCAGACGGUGUGUGCUAUUGGCCGGUGAUUUUAUGUCUCUUACAUUUGAUUGGCUGAGAUCAAGGUCGAAGGUCACGUAACCACUGCGCGUGCAUGCGUGUGUUAUGUACUUUGUGUUCCCGGUUUGAUUAAUCGAUGUUAAAGGGGCCCUGAGCACUGUAUCAGCUUCUUCUCAUUAAACUGGAUAUAGUGCCUGGAAUCCCCUGGUAUCGUCAUUUUGUUUAGCUAUGCUUAAUCUGAGUCCCCAGCAGUCCAUCCCCUCUGUGCUGCCUUGGCUGAUGAGGAAGUAUUAGCCUGAGCAGCAAUGGGCAGCUGUGAUUGACUGACUGCUGUUAGCCUAUCCGAGCUCCAGAUGGUUUGAAGGGUAUUGUACAAGGAAGCGUGUGAUCUCUGCCUUAGCCACACCUCCAGAAGGGGCCGGACUGUGAGUGACCAAGGACACUGAUUUGGUGUUAAAUUGUGCUAAAAUGGCUUAAAACUGAAUAGAGGGGCAGUGCUGGGGACUGCAGACACAGUAAUAAUGAUGCACAAAAUGUGGAGAGUACCAGAGUUCCCAGAAAGUUGUAAGGGUGAUUGGCAAUUAUGGACUCUUUCUACACUCCAUAUUUGCAGCUGGAAACUCCUAAGGGGUAGACUGUAGUCAAAUGAAGCUCUUUCUAUGAUAGACUUCCACGCUGUACUCUCAUGCAUGUGAGCGUACAAUGUUAAUGUCGGCUCUUGGCAGCUGAAGUGGCAGGAAGAGCAUGGAGGUGCAAGUGAGGGACAGGUUCAGUUACAUAAAUCUCACCUUCCCCUGCCCUCAAUGCUGCAAAUCAUCAUCAGUGCUCUUUGCAAGUUAUGUAAAGACAACAGACAGUUGAACUGUAAAAAAUUAUCCACCUUUAUCUAUGAUUUUAGUACAGUUAGUUACUUUAGCCUUCAAUUUGAAAUUCACUUUGAAUUCCCACUUUUGUAUACAACCUUGUGAAAAUCCCUCCUGUUGCUGUGAACUUUGUCCACUCUCGUUUAGUGUUUUAAAGGGAAACCAAAGCACGCCCCCCCCUCUGAGGUUUUCUAUGACGCUGGAUGUCUUCAUGCGUAGCCUAAAAGUCGCCUAACUAUCCCAGACUCCCUGGGUGCCAGGUCCUUCUGUUUUAACCCUGCAGCUGAAAACAAACUGCUCUGUUUCACUGAGGGUUAAUCCAGCCUCUAGUGGCUGUCUCACUAACUAAUUACAUAUCCUGACAUAAUUUAUGCCUGGACUGGAUAAAUUGACUACUUAUACCCUAGUCCAGAGGGUAGGCAACUUUCAGCACUCCAGAUGUGAACUACACUUCCCCGAUGCUUUGCCAGCAUUAUGCUUGUAAGGGAAUUUUGGGCCACAACAUCUGGAGUGUUGUAGGUUGUCUACCCCAGCCCUAGUCUAUAUUAAUGAUUAUAUGCUAAGAAGAAAAAUGUUAAAGAUGGAAACAUUUUACCAAAAUAUGAAGAACAUUGCUGAAUGUGGUUUGAUAAUGUGGUUUGAUACAAGGAUUAGACCCUUCAAGCCUAAAGUGGUUAUUUUAACAAGAUAAACUAAAUACACAAACAUUUGGAUCUUUUGAUUUUACCUAUAGGACCACUAUAGGCACCCAGAACACUUCUGCUCAAUGAAGUGGUCUGGGUUCCAGGUCCCUCUGUUUUAACCCUGCAGCUAAAAACAUAGGGUUAAUCUAGCCUUUAGUGGCUGUCUCACUGACAGCCGCUAGAGGCGCUUCCGCGAUACUCACUGUGAAAAUCACAGUGAGAAGAUGCUAGACGUCUAUAGGAAAGCAUUGAGUAAUGCUUUCCUAUGGGCGGUUUGAAUGCGCGCGAAGCUCUUGCCGCGCAUUUGGAGCGGACGUCAGCAGGGGGACGGAGCCCGUUGCUGGAGAAAGGUAAGUGGCCCAGUGGGAGGGGGGACCUAAUGACCCUAUAGUGCCAUGAAAACGAGUUUGUUUUCCUGGCACUAUAGUGGUCCUUUAAAUAUAAUCUUCGUUUACCUUAAAUCACAACUAAAAUUAAAAUAUUCGAUUUUGUAUUAAAAAAAAAAAAUAAUAAUAAAUUUUAGGAAUUAUUUCAUAUGUAGAAAGUAAAGAAAAUACACUGCUUCAAUUAAAGGGUUAUUUUAAGCACCAUGACUACUUCACUGAUUUGAAGUGCCCAUGUAUGUGAAGUGCAUUCCUUUGGAUAUUAACCCCUUGGCUGCUGGAGGUGCAACACCACCUCCAGCAGUGUAAUUAGGUGUCAUUCGUCAGGCCUGAAGAGAGGUCUAGCAAAUGUCAACUCUGCAAAUUUCUUUGCAUGCAUGCUCGUUCAUUAGCUGCAAGUGAUCGGCUGACGCUCUCAGCUAAUCUAUGAGCAGCAGGAUCGGCAUUCAGCUUCUGCUGAUCUGCAGGAGUUGGAUGUCAUAAAUUUGCAUCACAGAAGACCAGAAGCCUGGCAGGACUCUUGUAAAAGAACAAAGCUUUACAAACUAUUUCGAGCCAGUGUACUCCUUCCAUCAUAACCAUUACAGCAAGCUAUGGUAAUUGUGAUGUUCGAGAAAACCUUACUCAGCAGAGUGCAACAGCUGAAGGUGCAAGUUUUUACAUCAAAAACAGAGAAUAAUAUGAGAACUCUGAGAGUGGACAAAAGCUUAGAGCAAGGGUGCCCAAAGUUAGAUCCCCAGAUGUUGUAGAACUACAACUCCUAUGAUUGUUUGCACGCCUUUUAGAAUGACAAAGCAUUAUAGAAGCUGUAGUUUAAAAAUAUCUGGUGGUCUACAGUAAAUCCCCACUCAGGUCUCAAAAUAGUUUUUGCUCACUUGUAUGGUUUUUGUUGCAAUGCAUUAACUUGGCUUUCCCCAAGUUAAAGGGUUAAUCCAGACAAGGAUCCCUUGAUUAGAAUUGUAUCAGCUACAUCUCGCUGAUGAGGCCCAAAGAAGGUCGAAAUGUUUCUGAGGUUGCUGUAUCUCUCAUGCAGAGAUAACUUGCCAGCACUGCGGAUCAGGACUGCCCUUGUAGGUGGAAUCAGUCUGAUGUGCAAUGGUAAAGGAUCACUUUGUAACGGCGCAAGUGAACAAAAACUAUUUUGAGACCAUAUCUAUUCUCAGAGUUCUCAUUUUGCUUUUGUUGCAAGUUUUUACAUGACUGGAAACCAGGAAGUUUGAAAGCAUGUAUAAAAAAUGGAAAGUCUGACAUUGUAACAUGUUUUGAUGACCUUUCUUUUAUCAGACAAUUUUCCAUAAAGUGUGGGCAGAAAAAUCCAUUACCUUUUUUAGAUCAAAUAAAUAGGGCCAUCUUAAAGGACCACUCUAGACACCCAGACCACUUCAGCUUAUUGAAGUGGUCUGGGUGCCUGGUCCAGCUAGGGUUAACUCGUGUUUUUUUAUAAACAUAGGAGUGCUAUGUUUAUAAAUAGGUUAAUCGCCUGUCUCAUUGACAGCCGCUAGAGGCGUCUUCUCACUGUGAAAAUCACAGUGAGAAGACGCAAGCGUCCAUAGGAAAGCAUUAUGAAUGCUUUCCUAUGAGACUGGCUGAAUGCGCACGCAGCUCCUGCCGCGCAUGCGCAUUCAGCCGAAGAGGAGGAAGAGAGCUCCCCACCCGGCGCUGGAGAAAGGUAAGAUUUUAACCCCUUCCUCUCCAAAGAGCCCGGCGGGAGGGGGUCCCUGAGGGUGGGGGCACCCUUAGGGCACUAUAGUGCCAGGAAAACGAGUAUGUGGUUGUAACGGAGCUCCUUGUACUCCGACUGAGUACCCUCCGUUGACGGAUGCUCCUAGCGCUUCCUGAGGACUCCAAGCGCUGCAGCAGACACCACAACCACCGCAGACUCCGCAACCGCCGUAUCUUGACUGGAGUCUCGCCGUCUUCCUUCUACCCUGGAUCAGCUUCUGUCCUCCAGGACUGUGUGGGAAAGAACUCUUCCUUCCACCCUGUAAGAACCUCCAGCAUCCAGGACUGUGUGGUGAAGACCCCUCCUCCAAGGAGAGUGUGUCAGGAACAAGCUCUUAAAAGAGCUAAGUGACUCAAGCUCAGGGGAGCAUGCAGAGCAUAGCAAUCCCCAGUGUGAUUAUAACAGCUCCCUCCAAUAACGAGACAAGGCUACGUUUAGAGGGAUCAAGAAGAACUGUCAAAACCUUUAUUCCCUUGGGACCAGCCAAUACAGUCACCACAAUAACAUUGCCAGCGCUUCUGCUUGGAGGAGGGGUCUUCACCGCACAGUCCUGGAUGCUGGAGGUUUAUACAGGGUGGAAGGAAGAGUUCUUUCCCACACAGUCCUGGAGGACAGAAGCUGAUCCAGGGUGGAAGGAAGACGGCGAGACUCCAGUCAAGAUACGGCGGUUGCGGAGUCUGCGGUGGUUGUGGUGUCUGCUGCAGCGCUUGGAGUCCUCAGGAAGCGCUAGGAGCAUCCGUCAACGGAGGGUACUCAGUCGGAGUACAAGGAGCUCCGUUACAGUGGUCCUUUAACUAUAGUGCCAGGAAAACGAGUAUGUGGUCCUAUAGUGGUCCUUUAAGUUCGAUCCUCAACUGUUGCAGAACUACACCUCCCAUGAUUCUUGCAGAGCAGCAUGACAGUUGUAGAUUUGCAACAACUGGGGAUCCAAUUGUUGGGAAGCCAUAAAAUAAAGUCAUGUGUUUUAUUCACUAUACAAGGCAUGUUGGAGAAUUUAUAACGGAAUUGUAAAUAACAAUAGCUAAUAGUAACGGAUUUAGAUUAUUAUUUUUUUUUUUUUUUAAUUGACUAAUUUGAAUGAAUCACUCUACCAGUGUGAUCGUAAUGCAAUAAAUGUAUUAAACAUUUCAGUCUUGAGCUUACAGGUUUGUCUAGAGACCGUGUCAAGUCAACCUUUUUGCUUUUCUGAGACCAUAUAAUGAUAUGGGUAUGGGUCACUAUCAAAUCAGCUGUCUAUUUUGUCAGUAAAUUGCUAUUAACCCAUUUAGGUGGGAAAAUAUGCCAUACUUGGGGGUAGUUAGUUGCUACUUUGGUUACUUUUAGUUAUGCUCAACUGUGUGACAGUGUUAUGUUUUAACACGAUUGCCGAGUGCAAAAUAUUUUGUAUAAGCUAAUAUUAUGCAGUAAAUGUGUAGCACACUCUGCAUCAAGGUGUAAUGAAUUGUAUAUUUUUCAGAAAUGGCCUGCUGCAUCUCCUGCAGUAACACGCGCGUUCCAUUUCACAGUCUAUGGAAAGAAGGAUGCGUCGGCUAAAGUUUCAGAUUCGGUAAGAUUGUCUUUUUUUUAUGGGCAGCGUUAAUAGUUUUUUUUCAGUAAACAUAAUUUAAGGAACUCUAGAUUGUCAUAGCUAUGACUUUUUAUCAUGUUUUAAUAAAUAAAUGUAUGAAUUUGACAAGGUUCACUUCAUUUCCCCAUUUCAUUAUGCUAUUCGAUUUAUAUUGUAGUUGAUAGAAUAGUAAUUUGUCUUUUUAAACAUUUAAAAUGGAAGGUGGAGUGUAAGAGAUUUUUUUUUUUUUGCUUACUCUUAUUCGGUAUAAAUUCCACUUUUAUGAUUGCCAGUGUAUAUGGUUGAGUUCUUGUUUUCUCUCCCUAUGUCAGAUUUCAACACAGUAUCCUGUUAUAGACCAUGAGUUUGAUGCAGUUGUUGUUGGAGCGGGUGGUGCAGGUCUACGGGCUGCAUUUGGAUUGUCUGAGGCAGGCUUCAACACUGCAUGCAUUACCAAGCUAUUCCCUACAAGAUCUCACACUGUCGCAGCCCAGGUGAGUCUGUAAACUAUUUCACGUCUUGUGAAACAUCUCGUUUCCUGUUGCUACAUCUAAGGACAUAUGCUAGAUGUUCUAAGGCACAUGUCUUUGUUAUUCAAUAAAUUACUUUAUAAUCUCAUUGCAAACUGUUCUUUGGCAUUGUAGAAUAGCAAACUGUGAUUUUUUUUUUUUUUUGAAACUGUGUUGCAUUAAUUCCUGGGGAAUAAAAGCUACCAGUAUAUUUCCUUAAAUGGGAUUCUUGGUGUUUACAUUAAAUUGCCUGCAGGGAUAGACUAUACAUACUAGAACAACUACAUUCAGCUGUAAUGUGUAUUGAAUUUAACACUGUCAGAAAUAUCCCUAGGAGCAAAUAGGCAACUUUACUGUAAAAAUUGCCUAAUAGAAGUUAAAAGCCACCAUUAAUUGUAAUUAUUUGUCGUUUGUUCACAGUAAGUAAGAGAUACCUGUCCUAGUUUUGAAAUGUUUUCUUAAAUUUUAUUUUACUGUGUUUUGCUUUUCAUCAAGUGACAUGUCUAUUCCAGUUUUUCCUCCAAAGAUUACUUUGACUCUGUGCCACACCCCUUCCUCGUCCCCCAAAAUGUAUUUUGUAAAGAUAAAAUUCACUGAAAUUCCAAUGCAGCCAAAAGAUAACAUAAGUAAUGUAUGUUAUUUGUAUGUAUUUUUCUUACACUUGACAAAAAUGCAGCGAAACCACAGUCAAGCGGCUAAGAGUGCCUCGGGUAACGAACACUUUCUUUUCCCUGAGCCUUGCACCUUCUGGUCCCCAAGACCCACGAAUUUGACAGAGCCGCUUUAAAACUAAAUGAAAUAUACUGGUGUUGGUUUUAUGGGGGUUUUUUUUAUGCAUAGUUUUGUAAAUAUUUAUAGUCCCAGCUUUCCCAUUAUUUCCUAGGGUGGUAUUAAUGCUGCUCUUGGUAACAUGGAACCAGAUGACUGGAGAUGGCACUUCUAUGACACAGUGAAGGGUUCUGACUGGCUGGGUGACCAGGACGCCAUCCAUUACAUGACAGAGCAAGCACCAGCGUCAGUUAUUGAGGUGAGAGAUUGGGAAGUAAGAGGUGUACUGCAUGUUGUUUUCUGUUUAAGUGGAAUUACUAUACAAAAUUAAAACUGAAUUGCAUGUAUGGAAAACAAGACAUAUAAUUAGUAUAUUCUUAGAAUAUAUAGUUAAAGAGAUGCUAAAGUCACUCGACAUGGUCACGUGAUGUGGAAGCCUCACUUGGAAAAAUUUGAUAUGCUAUUGGAAAGCUUGAAUGCUCAUGCAUCACUUGUUGCCCAGUUCCAAAUUCUCCUCUAUUUGGAGGAUUGGAUUGUACCAUCGCAUUAUGUGGCAGAACGAGAAGAGGUAAGCUGCACCAAGGGAGCUUUGGCACUGCAAAACAUACCUGUACACAAGCAGGCACCCACCUAAAGCACUUACCUGCUGUCAUGCCAAAGCAUGAGUUGGCGUUUGAUAUAUGUUAUGAGUUGAUUUUGUAAACGUUGGGCUAACAUUUAUUGUAGUCUUUGUUCUUACACCAGGCCUAAGCCAUAAAACUACUAGAUAACCUUCACCAGAGCGGGACAUAGAGCAUUGAAAAAGGUAUCGGUGCAUAUGCUCUGACUUUGGGUUCUUCAAAAGACAAUGUAAUAUAGGAAAAUAUGGAGUGGGCAAUAAACUGCCAGGCCAAACCCUUCUGAUCCACCCAGGGGUGUUAUUUAUUUAGGAUGUUUAACUAUCCAGUGGGAGAUUUUUUUUUUCAACAAUUACUUGGAGACCUGUACAUCUGAAUCUCCCACAAAUCUAUAUAUAAGGGGUAAAUAUAUGUAAGGAAUUUCUUGUGUUUUCUCCCAUUUUAUUUUAUGGACUGUUUUGCAAUUUAUGUGUUUCUGUAUGUCAUUUAUUUCUGCAUUUUUGUACACCGCACCGUGAAUCUUUUUGUCAGAUUAAAUGUUAACUUAUUCAGUUUGUGUCUGUUAUCUAUGAGCUUACUCUCCUGAGGAAAGCUCAGGUAAACACAUUACCAAAAAGGUUAAUUAUAUAUGUCUGAUCAGUAAAGUAAGAUUGUGAUCCUAUAAUUCUACUGUAUAUGGGGUAGCCAAAGAUGUCCUAAUAUAAAGCCUUUGUGGUGGCUGUAAAGUGUGUACUAGGGUGUUAGUGUAGAAGGGAUUGCAAGGGUUAAUUUAGGCAAACAUGACGAUCUGAGAACAGAGUUAGGCAAGCUAUCCUCUGCAUGGCAAGCCACGUGGUGGUGCUGGAAGACUCCAUAUUACAGCAGAAACCGAGGGAUUGGGGUUUCUCUGAAGACCGAAGACACAGAGGUUUGCAGGAUGCUAAACUCCAUGCUCUCACCCUCUAAAGUUAAAUUUAUACAACUAUAAUAUAAUUUUUGGGUCCUCAAGUCGCCUAGAGCCCCAACCGGGGUCCCAUGGCACUUAUUGCUUCUCUUCCAGUCUCUUCGGUAGAAGCAACUCAUGUAGGAUAAUAUCUGUGAUUCACCCACUUACCAUUUUGAAGGUUAUGGCGGAUUCCUUGGGAUCUGUGACAGACGUUUAGGGACCAUAGAGUCCAGGCUGAGAAAGGGGGUCCAGGUUGAGAAUUAUCAGUCCUUAAUGAGAAGAAGCAAAUGUAACUUCUUCAAGACGCUGGAUGGUGUACUGAGGCCUGUGUCGAACACCUCAUCCAUAUCCUCAGCUCAUUUAUGGGACGUAUGCAACAUCCAGCCAUUUUAUCCUAAAUCGAGACAAGCGGCAGAGGUGAUGCCUUCGACUGGCACUUGAGUCCUGCUUGGAGCAGUGGCGUGUGGUCAUGCUUUUCUUGCUUUGCUUGCGCAUGACUUUAUUUUGGCUGGUUUUAGAUUACCAUGCCUUUACAUAAUUACUAUCUACAAACCAUAGUCUUACUCUGUUAGCUUUUUCUAGAGGCUUAUACCCUCUUAUGUGCAUGAGCUUGUGUUGGUGUAUUUCAUCUGAUCUUCUUGACUGCAUUUUUCAUCUGAUAACAAUCAAUUUUUCAGGUCAAUAUUGCAUUAUUUGCUAUCUAAGCAUGACAUAGUAGAGCUAGUUUUUUCAUUGUUUUCUUCUCUGUGGUAGAGCUGACAUAUUAUCCCAGGGUGGUGCCACAUACUAUUAGAAUCACAUGCAGUUCUUUUUUUUUUUUUUUUUCUGUUUUGUCUUGUACAGCUGGAAAACUAUGGCAUGCCCUUCAGCAGAACUGAAAAAGGGACAAUUUAUCAGCGUGCAUUUGGAGGACAGUCUCUGAAAUAUGGAAAAGGGGGUCAGGCCCAUCGAUGUUGCUGUGUGGCAGACAGGACAGGACAUUCAUUGCUACACACUUUGUAUGGGAGGGUAAGAAAUCACAGUCUAAGAUGUAGUUUCCUUUGAAUGAUCGCAGUAUCCUUUUACAGUCAGUAAAUAUUUUAAUAGCAAAUUAGGGCUUCAGACUUGGCUUAGCAAUUAUGCAAGGACCUAACAUUUAAAAGGUGUUUUAAUUUCCACACAAAUAACCAAGUCGUAAUGAAAAAUAACCUCAUGUGCCUUGCUCUGCCUAAUGAGGGAGGGUUGAGUUUUGCCAAAAUUUAACAUUUCAGCAAAAUUACACCAAAACUAAUUUAAAUAAAAAGUUUCCUUUACAUAAUAUGCCAUCACACAGACACACAAUAACGUGCAAAUGUGAUAAGAUAAAAUUAUAUUGAAAUGGUGUCUUUAUUUACCCCUUAAGGACUAGACUGUUUUUGCGAUGUAGUACAUUUGCGACCAGGCCUCUUUUUACACUUUUGUGGUGUUUGUGUUUAGCUGUAAUUUUCCGCUCUCUCAUUUAUUGUUCCUAUACAAAUUAUAUAUUGGGGGUUUUUUCAGGACAAAAAAGGCUUUCUUUACAUACCACUAUUUAUAUAAUCUCAUGUAAUUUAAUUUACAUUUUUUUUUUUUUUAAAUGACGAAAAAUGUAAAAAAAAAAAUACGUUUUUUGUACUUUUACAUUGUAACACUAUUAUCUGUCAUAAAUCUCUGAAUAACACCCCACAUGUACAUUUUUUUUUUUAAAUAGACCACCCAGGGUAUUCAAUAUGGGGUAUGUCCAGUUUUUUUUUUUUUAGUAACCACCUAAUCGCAAACACUGGCCAAAGUUAGCGUUCAUAUUUGUUUGUGUGUAAAAAACUAAAUUGAAUGCUAAUUUUGGCCAGUGUUUGUGACUAAGUGGUUACUAAAAAAGACUGGACAUACCCCAUUUGCAAUACCUUGGGUUGUCUUCUUUUGCAAAUGGUAUGCCAUCAUGGGGGUAAUUCUCAUUCCUGGGCUACCAUACGCUCUCAAAGGCAACGCAACCAACCUGGCCUUUUUCAAUGUAAAAAUAUUUGACCCUGUAACUUUCAGAAACACUAUAAAAUCUGUACAUGGGGGGUACUGUUAUACUCGGGAGACUUUGCUGAACACAAAUAUUAGUGUUUUAAAAGAGGAAAACGUAUCACAACAAUUAUAUCAUCAGUAAAAGUGCUGUUUGUGUGUGAAAAAUGCAAAAAAAGUCACUUUCACUGACAAUAUAAUCGCUGUGAUAUGUUUUACUGUUUUAAAUCACUAAUAUUUGUGUUCAGCGAAGUCUCCCAAGUAAAAUGGUACCCCCCUGUAUAGGUUUUAGGGUGUCAUAGAAAGUUACAGGGUAAAAUACAGUGCUAGCAAAUUAAAUUCUCUGGACUUUCGGCCUGAGUUGGCAGGCAGGUCCCUCAAAUUGCAAUUAAUAAAAUUACUUAGUUAUGUAAAAAUAUUACAUAAAUACGCACCUAGAAUUUAAAUAUAUAUGCAUAUUUAUAUAUUUGAAGUCUACUUGUAUAUUUAUAUAAUUAUUUUAUGUAAUUUUGUAUAUGGACAUAGGUAUAUUUCGUAUUUUUAUUUAGAUAUAUAUAUAUAUAUAUAUAUAUAUAUAUAUAUAUAUAUAUAUAUACAAUUUCAUUCUAAGUGUAUUUUGAUAUAAAUCUAUAUUUUAAUAUCAAAAUACAGUUAGAAUAAAAUUUCAUAUAGAUAAUUUUUUUUAAAUUUUUAUUUUAAUUUAAUCUACUUAUUAUUUGGAUUUUAUACUAUAUAUAUCUAUAUAUAUAUAUAUAUAUAUAUAUAUAUAUAUAUAUAUUAAUUUAAUUAUAAGUGUAUUUUUAUAUUCAUAUAUGUACAUAUUAAUAUAAAAAUACAUUUAGUAUGACAUUAUAUAUGAUAUAUAAUUUAUUUUUAUUUUUUUUAUUUACAUUAACUUUUUUUUAAUGAUUUUACACUAGCAGGGAGACUUCCUGUCAGCACAGACAGUCCCCCUGCAGGUAGACACAUGGACACCUAUUGUGACCAUGUGACUGCUCUAUUGAGCGAUCACAAGAGCCAUGGGGAGACUGUCUGGGCUGCAGGCAGUCUCCCCACACCGGAAGCACCGCCGAUCGCCGCCGGGGGAACGACGGCGAUCGGGUACGUACAUAAGAACGUUAGGACGGUUCAGGACCGUCACCGCUCAGCACUGGAAAAAUGCUGAUGACGGUCCUGAACCGUCCUCGGUCGUUAAGAGGGUAAAAUAUCUUUAAAUAUAAAUAUGCAUAUUUAUGAAAAAACUUGCUAUACAUUUUGAUAGUGUUUGGCUUGACUGUUGCAUCAAUUAAGCAGUAAUCUGCUAAACAUAUGUCAACUAAACAGUGAAUUUAGGUGUAUUUUAUGUUUUUACUAUUAUCAUUCUUUUAUUACUUUUUAUAGCCUGUUAUGUAUUGAUUAUUACCUUCUGUUUUUAAUUUGUGGCAAUACUGUAAUAAACUUUCAUCCAGCCAAUUAAGCUGAUUUAAUUCAGUGUUUAUAGAAUUCAAUAAUAUUCACUGAUUCAUGCAGAUCUGUUCUAUGAUUCUUUUCAUAUAUUUUUUUUCCCAUAUAUGCUGAGCUUGAAUUGGGAUAUUAAGCAACAAGCAAUAUAAGUAUAAUUUUUUUUUCUUAUUACUUGAUUGCAUGUGGGAAAGGAGUUUGUCCUAUAGCUCUAAUAUUGCUCCACUUCUUAACACUAUAAUGCAUAUUUAUGAGUUCAUGAGUCAGGAAAUAGAAGUCACUUGCGGUAUAUUUGCUGUGAAUUACAAUGUCUAUUAUUCUAGGUCCGGGAUAGGCAACCUUCGGCACUCAAGAUGUUGUGUACUACAUCUCCCACAAUGCUCUUACAGCCAUAAUGUUGGCAAAGCAUUAUGGUAGGUGUAGUCCAAAACAUCUGCAGUGCCGAAGGUUGCCUAUCCCUGUUCUAGGUCUGCGGGGAUUAAUGAGUGCUGUAUCCUGCUGAUGAAUUAGUUGUUCAAUAUAAAACCCUAAACAGUGGGGACUCUUGCAGCUUAUUCAGUACUUCUUUCUAUUUUUUUUUUUUUUAUAUAUGUAACCAGGUUGGGGCAUUUCUAUUGUUGGAUGUCCAGGACCUGUAGUUCCAUGUGAAAGGCAGUUUUUUUGGUUUUUUUUGCCUUUAAUGCUGCCACAGUCAUAGAUUCAAAGCACAGACGCCAGUAUUUUCCAGCCUGUGCGCUGAGUUACUGAGUGCUGGGACAGUGUGGGAGCAAUAACUGUGGUUUGCAUCCAUCAGAUGUGCAUACCACAUGCUCCCUUCUCUGCCACUAUGGGUCCAGGAUCCCUGCUGAAAAACCACUUAUCAUAGAUCUCCUACUUGCAUACAGUUAAGCAGGAGGAAGGCAAACCACAGAGCACACACAUUACAAACCACUAGCGCACACUAUACACAGCCAACACACACUAUGGGAGGGCAAAGAAUAUUGGACACUGGUGGUUAUUUGCUCCAAAUUUUCACAUAUUCUGACUAGAAAAACUGAGGCAAAAGAAGUUGUGUCUAUAGAGGAGUUGGAGAAUUUUACAGAUAUUUUAUUUCUUUUGCUUCACUUUUUCCAUUUUGAUUUAAUUCACUAAACUUUGAGUUUAGGGAAUAUCCCUGUCAAAGCUCAAUGCAGGGGCCUCAAUCUAAAAUUAUUUUGUGUGUUAGGACAAAUAAAUUGAGCAACCCCUUUAGUCCCUUGGACAGUUUUAUAUAUUUUUAUUUAUAUAUAUAUAUAUAUAUAUAUAUAUAUAUUUACAUUUCCACACACCUCAAGGUUAUUUACUAAAGUGUGAAUUUAAGGCCUGAAUGCAUAGCUAACUUUUUCCAGUUCUGACAUUUUGACUUUAAAUUUGAAAUUCACUUUGAACGUUCACAGUAGUGAAUAACCCUGAAUUGUCAAACACUUUAGAGAGAGAAAAAAACAGACUUGCUGAUUUGAGGAAAAAUAUUCAUGAGACCCUGAGAAAAUAAAACAGGCAGAUUAGAGAGAAUCCAUAGAAUAGAGAGGCAAUGAACACAGAAGUUGUCUUAAAGGGUGAAUGUGAGAUUGUUUUAGAGCGUGAAAUGGAGACUAUAGGGGAAAGAAAGGGAUUCAAGUAUAAUUGAUAGGAAGAAUGGAAGCAUGGAGAAAGCACUUAGUGUGGCAAUAAUCCCUGCAUUAACCAUGAGUAUAGGGUUGAGGUUGAUAAAAUGAGUGUAGUAGGUAUAAAGUGUAAUAGAUUAUAUAUUGUAUUCAGAAAAUAGAAAAUCCUGUGUCACAGAGCUCACAAAAUUUAAAUUACCCAUUUCAAACUUAAUAUAUCUUUUUAAUAUUUAAUUUCUCUUCUAGUCUUUGAGAUAUGACACAAGCUACUUUGUAGAGUAUUUUGCCCUGGACCUUCUAAUGGAAAAUGGGGAGUGCCGCGGUGUGAUUGCUCUGUGCAUGGAAGAUGGAUCCAUUCAUAGGUUUAGAGCAAAGAACACCGUUAUUGCUACUGGGUGAGCGAUAUAUAUAUAUACGUAUAUAUUGCAUGAGUGAUUUAAAACUUUAAUACCUGCAUCUGCCUCUAGUAGACCGUAUGGAUUACUUGCAUAUGUAGAGAUCAGAAUUAGAAUUGGAAAGAUUUAAAGAUUAUUUAUCUAUAUACACACACACACACUUUUGGUUGUAUUUAGUUUGCAUGCUGGGGUGGUCUGGCACAGCCAGCAUAAAUAAUGCAAAUUUCUCUACCCCUCAUGUUACUCUGAAGUAUACUUGCGAAUUGGGCAUACGCAAACAAAUACGCCCUUCUAUAGCUCUUUCCAAGCAAAUUGAGAAGCAUGCUAAUAUUCACUAGAGUUUACUGGGACUGGUAUGAGUAAUUGUCACUGUGUUUCUGUGUAGCAUGUUGGUGGAAUAUUUAUUUUCAUUUGUGAAAAACUGUUAAAACUCCAUUUCAAUUGCUGAUUAUCACUCCCUUCCUUCUCCUAGUGGAUAUGGCCGUACAUACUUCAGUUGUACUUCUGCUCACACAUGUACAGGUGAUGGAACAGCCAUGGUCACAAGAGCUGGUCUUCCCUGCCAAGACAUGGAAUUUGUACAGUUCCAUCCAACAGGUAACGUCCGUUUGAAAUGUAAGGUUAUUGUGUUGAAAACUUGCUUUGUCUUUGUUCUUAAUGCUCCAAAUGAGUGUAUUAUCCAGUGAAUAUACACUAAUUUUUAUUGCAUGAAAGAUGAAAAAUAUUAUGUGAUUAACUCCAUCAGGUCACCAUACCUCACUCUGUGAUGUGUUAACAUUCUACAAAGGCAGAUGAUUUUGGUAUUUGUACUGCUUUCCUUUAACUGCUAAAAUUCCUGCUGGCACUGGGGAGAGCCAGAUAUAAUUUUGAUAAGACACAUGGGCACCCGUUAACUGCUUCUAAAUAAUUGUGCUUGGGACGGAGGUUUAUGUUGAAGUGGUAAUGAUACGGGCAAACUUUUAUUUUAACUUAAAAAUAAAAAUCUUAGAAAUUCAUGAAAUGUUUCUAUCUAACCAUUGACACCAAAAUAGUAAUUAUGUUAGAAACCAUUGGACUAAACACUUUGUGCUAUAUUACAGGUAUCUAUGGGGCAGGUUGCCUGAUUACAGAAGGCUGCCGUGGUGAGGGAGGAAUCCUUAUAAACAGUGAAGGUGAACGGUUUAUGGAAAGAUACGCCCCUGUAGCCAAAGACCUGGCUUCUCGUGAUGUUGUAUCCCGAUCUAUGACCAUAGAAAUAUGUGAAGGAAGGUGUGUACUAUGAAUAACACUGAUAUUCUACUGGCCCAUCUCCAACACUAUAUUAUACCUUUUGAGGAGACUAUUUCUACCAACUGUAUGGAAAUCGUAUUGGAAUAAAAACAUCUGUCACUUUUGAAUAUAUCAUUAAGAUAAGAUCUUUAUUAAACACUUAUUUACUGCAUUGGAAUUUCACUGAAAUUCCAACACUAAAUCAAAAGAUAUAUUAAGACAAAAUAGAGGGACUACUUUUGUCUUAAGGGAAGUGCUGAAUUAGACAAAACUUGAGAAAUGUUUAGCUCCUCCUUUUAAUUUUGCCAUUUUACAGCAAUCCUCUCUAGCGAUGUGGCCAAAGAUCUUUUCUUUGUGCAUUGUGUGGGAAGUACUCGGCAAUGCUUCAGUUAUUUUUCUUAGUUUUCUCUGCCUCUUCAGUUUAAGGGGGCAUGUCAUGAGCCAAAGUGUAGUUCACUAUUCAGUAAACCUGCCUUCAUUCUGCUCAGUUAUCUCCCUAACUUUUAUUUAUUUGCAGAGGAUGUGGGCCAGACAAAGACCAUGUCUACCUUCAGCUUCACCACCUUCCACCCCAGCAGUUGGCCUCCCGCCUUCCAGGGAUCUCUGAAACAGCUAUGAUCUUUGCAGGAGUUGAUGUCACUAAGGAGCCUAUUCCCGUCCUUCCAACAGUCCAUUAUAAUAUGGGCGGUGUCCCAACCAAUUACAAAGGCCAGGUACGAUAAUUUGUUAUGAAUAAAUUACAUCGUGCAAAGACAUUUCCUGUGGUAUACCUCGAUUGUAUUAGGUCCUGGUCAGACUAGAAGUGGUGAAUUUGAUUUGGUGUUGUGGUGACUAUUCUUUCGAGUUACACAUACCAGGGUCGCAGGGGUCGCUGCUGCGACCGGGCCCGGCCGCCCCUGCGACCCGGUAUGUACCUACUGGGCCAGCCUCUUCUCCUAGGGGGCCCAGGAGCCGGCCACCUCAGGGCCCCCCGAGGCUGGCCCUGCUGACCCCAGCGGGCUGGGUGGCCGGUGCGCGAGGGAGCACUCUCCCCUGAGUGCUUCCUCUUCAGCUCCCUCGCGCUCCGCACUGAUACCGGAGUCGGCGCGCAAGGGAGCUUGAAGAGGAAGCACUCAUGGGAGAGUGCUCCCUCACGCGCCGGCCACCCAGACAGCCCGCUCGCCCGCCCGCUGGGGUCAGCAGCACCACCACUGGACCCCAGGGAAUCCCCCCAGCACUCCAAAAGGUAAGGAGGCUGGGGGGAUUCAAUUUAAAAAAAAAAAAAAUGUGUUAGUGUGUCUGUUAUUGGGUGUGUCUGAUGUCUGUUAGUGAGUGUGUGUUUGUCAGUGAAAGUGUAUGUUUUGUAAGUGAGUAUGUAUGUCUGUCUCUGAGUGUGUCUCUGUCGGUAAAUGUGUGUGUCUGUUAGCUAGUGUGUAUGCGUCUGUUUGUGAGAGUGUGUGUCUUCAGCAUUUACCUUUCUCCAGAGCCGGACUUCCUUGGCGCUGGGGAUCCCUCCGCCUCUCAGCUCAGAAUGCACAUGCGCGGCAAGAGGCGCACGCGUGCAUUUAAACCGCCCAUAGGAAAGCAUUAAUCAAUACUUUCCUAUGGACGUUCAGUGUCUUCUCACUGUGAUUUUUCACAGUGAGAAUCGCGGAAUCUCCUCUAGAGGCUGUCAAUGAGACAGCCACCAGAGGCUGGAUUAACCCUCAGUGAAACAUAGCCGUUUCUCUGUUUUCAGCUGCAGGGUUAAAACUAGAGGGACAUGGCACCCAGACCACUUCAUUGAGCUGAUGUGAUCUGGGUGUCUGUAGUGGUCCUUUAGGUGUGUGCGACCAGGUGCCCGCCGCCAUGUGUUGCGGCCCCGACCCGCGCCGAGUAAGCGCUGGGGGAAGGGGGGGCCACGGAUCAGUUUUUGCACCGGGCCCCAUGGGUCAUGUGUACACCACUGUACACAACAUACACAUAUUUGCAGUUGUGGGAGAUUAUCGUAUCCCUUUCCCCUCUAAACUGCUCAAACUGCAAAUAAAUGGAAUACAUUGAGAGAGGUAAUAAUAACAGAGAGAAAGAGAGUGACAAAAAACAUGGCUCUGAAAAAGCAAGAGCUCUUAUUACAUAGGGUCCGAGAGAAGCCAUUGUCAGAGCAUUUUUAAAUACUGAAGGGGCUGCCGAGAAAGAGCAGACAGACACGUAUACACACACAUACACACUGACAGGACUGUCUGCUGCUGCUUUGAAUUGCAUGUAGGGCAACGCUGUCAUGGACUUGUAUGAACCUGCAUCAGGAAUUUUUUGUUGACCAGCUGUUGGUCGUAUAAGAGCAAAAUCCUACUAGCAUGGCUGAUCAGGCACAUAAAAUUAGAUGUACAAUCAAUACACAUGCUUUAAGAAGGAAAAAGUAACUAACUUUUUUUUUUUUUUUUAUGAGAAAUUAAAAUGUGACAGCUGUCCUUUAAAGAAAUUUAUCAAAGGUGUGCAUUUAUGUGUUUUAUUUCCAGGCUCUUAUCCACGUUGAUGGUGAAGACAGAGUGGUACCAGGUCUCUAUGCAUGUGGUGAAGCAGCAUCAGCCUCUGUGCAUGGUGCCAACAGACUUGGUGCCAACUCUCUCCUGGACUUGGUUGUCUUUGGUCGUGCUUGUGCGCUUAGCAUUGCAGAAUCAUGUAAACCUGGUAAGUUUGUGUUUGGCUUUAUAUAAGCAUUUUAUCUCUUCUGCUUUCCUAAACUCUUUUUCAUAUUCUACAACUGUACAUAGAAUACUGCACACUUUCAUGGCAUCUUUGUAAAAGCCAUAAUUUUAGUUAAAGGGGAAUUGUUGCUUCCCAGGUGUAUUAAUAUUAGGUUAACUAAUACUUCUAUUUAACCAAUAAACAAAAUUAAUAAAUGUAGAAAUCCACACUUUUUUCCUGUAACUGGGUGCUACCACCUUGGCUCCCUGUUGAUCAUUGUUGUAAGAUUUGUCCUUUGCACCUGGCAGUCCGAAAAGGAGAAAUUAAACAAUGUUUCUAGUUCUCUUCAUUUGCAAUGUUUGUACUGUGCUUGCUUAGCCUUGUCUGAACUGGAUGUUUGCUAAAUCUUAAAUAUAAAAUUAAAAAGAAAAUGGAACAUCUCGUGAAAAAAGGGUUAACACAUAUUAUUAUAUAUGAUUUUAAUGUUUUAUUCAAUUUUCCCAGAGAAGUGACUGUUCCCCUUUAAUAUCUGGUUAGUAUAAAUGGUGAUAUAUGUAAAUAAAGUGUUAGCUGACAAAGCCUUAUUACAAGCAACAUCAAUCACAUUUUAAAGUAGGAUGCCAGUGAUUUUCAACAUUGCUAUGUCUCUUUCAGUGCAUAUUGCUAACAUGUACAAUCGGAAGUACUUCCUGUCUCAUCAUUCUCCCCAUUCUCUUUGUGCUGUUCUUGCCCUGUAUGACUUGUAGCCACCUAAAUCUUCUUAUUCUUAUUGAAAGCCAGUUUCCCACCAUUCUACCUGCUUCCAUAUAUUUUUCUUUGAGACCCUGCAAGAAGAGUCUGCUUAUAGCAUGAGCAAAGUCCAAGGCAGUGAUUGGCAGCUAAAGGGGACUUGUUACUUCUCUCAAACUAUUACUGUUAUAUUUCUUUAUCCAUACAUUUAACAAAUAUGUAUCUGAGAUGUGUGGGGAAAAAAAUAUAGAAAUCUACACUUUUAUAUCCUGCAACAGAGUCCCCGCAUCUUGGCUCUCUGUCCUUCAUUGUUAAAGGCUUUGUACUUUGCAUCUGGCAGUUGGCAUAGAGAAAGCGUGCAGAAAACUGUUGAAAUUAUCAUUAUUAUGAUCUUAUUCCACAGUGCUUUACGAUAUUAUAAAGGACAAUUACAAAAUGGUCCCCGAAACAAUAGGUUGAUGAGGCCCCUGCUCAAUGAACUUACAGUCUCGAGGAGGUGGUGUAUGUAAACACAAUAGGAAGGGCAUCAAGGAGGAUAGCAACCAAACAAGUUGGGAAAGUAGCAGAACUGGAAGUUGAGAAGAGUGUGGCCAUUUAAGAGUGAUCAUAAAACAGAUUUGUGAGAUAGAAGUUACUCUGGGAGGCCAUAAGCUUCUCUGUAGAGAUGGGUUUUGUAACAGAUCACCUGGCACCCCGACUGGGUACCUUCUAGUGCUUCCUGAGGGCUCCAAGCACUCCAGCUGACACCAUAACCACCGUAGACUCCUUCAGAGAGCAAGACAGGAACAAGCUCUUACAAGAGCUUAGUAGUGAUAUAGCAAGAGAGUAUGACCAGCAUAGCAAUCCCUUGUAGCAGAUUCCCCCAAUAAGAGACGGCACUCCAAAUUGAGGGUGAAGUAGAACUGAAACUUUAAUCCAACACUCUGCUUUUAUGCACAUUUUACACACGUAGUACUGCCCACAGGGUUUUGCAGGACAACCAAUCAAUACGUACAUUACACUCAGACACUCCCAGCAAUUACACACAAAAUCCUCCCCUCUGCUUGUGAUAUAAUUACUGAACACAAUGGGCUUACAUAAUUAUUACAGGCAGGAAAAUACACAAUUUUACACAAUAUUCAUAACUUUAAAAGUAUACAUCACAUUCACUUACAUUUUCAGAAUCAGCAUACUCCAAAUACAAACAUAUGUCAAAAUCAUACAAAUUGGUCCAGUGGGUCAAAAGUUAGUUGGAAAUCCCUUUUUGACCAACUGCAAUCAUGGCUUGGGUGUGGUAAGCCAAUUAUCUCUGGCAUACAGAAAAUAUCUCCAUUUACAACAACAGUAAAAACACAUAAAAAUACAUAAUUCCUAUCAUACUGAACAGAACCCCCACAUUCAGCUUCAAUCUGAGCGCUCAAUAUAUCCAAACAGCGCUCAGAUCCCACCAACAGAAUAAAAUCACCAUGGGGUUUAAGUUUCACAAGGGCCAUACACAUUCCAAUAGAAGUCCAUAAGCCCCAAAUGCUGUUUUUAAAGUGCCCAAUCUCCCAGGGACCAUAGUCCCAAGGCACAAGGCUGGCAAUCAGUACCCUCCAAAAACCAGUGGCGAGGCCACUUUCGCCACAGGUUUUGAGGGACUUUUUAAAUGAAUGAAGACUAGGUGCAAGAGAGGAGAGUAAUAUGAGUCUGGCAGCAGCAUACAUUACAGAUUGUAGCAAGGCAGUACGGCUUCUGCAAAGACCAAUUAGGAGAGCAUUCCUAUAUUUACAAGGAUCGAUGUCCGGAGUCCAUACUGGAAAAAUCUUUGAGUGCUGGAGGAAGCUGGUUCUCAAGCAGUCCAUGUCUACUUCACAAGACUCACUCCCCGAUGGCCUUGGGUCCGGCCAGUGGUUUUGGGCUCAAAGAUGGCGCAAGAGUGAGGUGCCUGCGUUGAAACUGAGCACUCAUAGAGCAGACAGAGGGAUUCCUAGCAGAUGACGCUUGGUGGAUCUGGACACAUAGUGUCGAUGGAAGCUCACCGAUUAUCUCAGGAAGGAGGCGGCCAGAUGCGACCCACUAUCCUCUCACCACGCGAGUGAAAUAUUCCGUAAGCAGCCAGGCCACAGAGACAUACCAAAGUGCUCCAACCUGCUGACACCUGCUGUCUGCGUUUAGGUUCUUACACCUAAUGCCAUUGUUGCCACCAUGCUUUCCUGAUGCUAAGCCUUCGUGUUUAUUUAGCAGUUUCCAAGCCUGUAUUCUCCAUGUCUUCUUUAUCCUUCAUGCCUUUCUUUAGUUAUAUUCUUAGACAUAAUAUAACACCUGUGCAGUUUAUUUUAUAAAAAGUGCAGUGUUUUUGACAUCAUACCUUUUUGUAUGAUUCAUUGAUCUUACCUUUUUGUGUCACAUUACCCCACUCCCUCUAGCAUGUAAGCUCAUUGAGCAGGGCCCUCAAUCCCUCUGUUCCUGUGUGUCCAACUUGUCUGGUUACAAAUACGUGUCUGUUAGUCCACCCAUUGUACAGCGCUACGGAAGUAGUUGGCGCUUUAUAAAUAAUAAUAAUUACCAUUCUACUACUUUACCAGCCUGUGUUUUUCACUAUGCAAUAAAUAAAUAAUGAUUUGUACUACUUGUUUCUUUUUAGGUGAGCCCAUACCAUCUAUUAAACCUAAUGCUGGAGAGGAAUCUGUUGCAAAUCUUGACAAAUUACGCUUUGCUAAUGGAAGUACAAGAACAUCAGAACUAAGAAUCAGUAUGCAGAAGGUAUAGCUCUUUUACUGCCCCAUUACUCUGUAUAGAUCAUGCCCCCUGCAAUCUCUCUGCUUGAUUAUCUGCCAUUUAGGAUUUAAAUCACUUUGUUUAUGCUGUCCUAGUCACACCUUCCUGCAUGCGACUUACACAGCCUUCCUAAACACUUCCUGUAUAGAGAAAUCUAAUUUUUAUCAUUUAUUGGUUCCAAAUUCUGUUUAAUUUAGAAUUUCUUAUCUCCUGCUCUGUUAAUAGUUUGCUAGACCUUGUAGGGGCUUCCUUAUAUGUAAUUAAAGUUAAAUUUACAGGGCAAGAAAUAAAACCCAUUCAUGUAAGUUGCAUCUGAUUAAAGGGGUUAAAGAGUUACUUCAAGCAUGACUUAAGUGAUUUUAAGUGGUCAUGGUACCUAGAGUCUGUUCCGAAAGAGUUUGCCUCAUUACCAGGGUAAUGAGUUGUAUUAAGUUGUAUUGAACAUUACCAGACAUCCAUUUAAGGAAACCGGUUAAGUAGUUUUCUAGGUCCACUUUGUCCUUGUAAUUGUGCUUGAAGUAUGCAUCCAAUAAUGAAAAAAGAUAUUCAAAUUCAUAAAACAAUCCGUUUAAUGUACAUCAAAUUUUUCUAAGUGGAUAGAAAUACAUGUAUUCGCAAUAUUUGGAUAACUUUGUAAAUAAGUGUAAAAAAUAAAAUACAAACCUAAAUCAGCUACUGUAAACUGGCAGAUUAGAGUGUACUGAUAUUUCAGUUUAGGGCUUUUGUUUGAAUCAGAUAAUGUGAUUUUUCAUAGCUUUUGUUUACUAGUUCCAAUAUUUUUUUCAUGUAUUUAACAGACAAUGCAGACCCAUGCUGCUGUGUUCCGAACUGGAUCAGUGUUAAAGGAAGGAUGUGAGAAACUAAGUGCCAUCAAUUCUACCAUGGAUGACCUGAAAACAUUUGACAGGGGUAACUAUUUGUGCUGUUUAGAGCUUUGCUUUUCUGUUUCCUUCAAAUGCACCAGAUAUGUGUCUUUUGAAUUUUGGCUUUAAAGGACAUCAUCCAGUUGAUCUCUUUGGUAUUGCACAAACCUAUUAUACUUGUGUCAAUUCAAAUUCCUGAAAUAUUUGUGUUGACUGUGUUGGAUUUUCACUCCUGGCAGCUGUAACACCAGUCAAAAAUAUGCUAAGACAAAGUAGAGACUGUUUUGCCUUUUUUCUAUACUUGACAAAACUGGACAAAAGGCCUUUUUUGUCAAGUUUUGUCAUUUCCCCCAGCAUUCCUUAAUUCCUCUCAAGGCGGUCCUGUUGGGGGCUGGCAGAGAGUUGUUACUUACUUUUCCUGCAGCUCCUGUCAGCUCCCUUCUCUCUCCUCCGGUCCGGUCAGCUCCACUGCAAGUCUCACGAGAGCCACGGGGUCAGAGCAUUACCGUGGCAACGCUCUGCGCGGCACUCAGACCGUGAGACUUACAGUGGAGGAGAAGGGAGCUGACUGGUCCGGAGGAGAGAGAAGGGAGCUGACAGGAGCUGCAGGAAAGGUAAGUAACAACUCUCUGCCAGCCCCCCUCCUACACAGCCCAUGCCACUGGACCACCAGAGAAUGAGAGCCCCCUUCCCUGGCCAGCUAACAAGCAGGGAGGGGGGACAAAAAAAAUAUAAAUAAUUAGAAAAUAAAAAUAAAAUAUUAAUAAUAUAUAUAAAAAAAAAAUAAUAAAAAAUAAAAAUGCACACCCACAACCAAGGCUCUGCAUCACACACAAAAACACACACUGCAUCACACAGACACACUGCAUUCAUACACACUGCACUCACACACACACUGCAUUAUAUACACACACACACACACACACUGCAUUAAUUAUAUAUACACACACUGUAAAUAAAUAUUAAAUUAAUAUAAUUUUUUGGGGAUAUAAUUUUAUUUAAAAAUUUACCAGUAGCUGCUGCAUUUCCCAUCCUAGUUUUAUACUCGAGUCCAUAAGAUUUCCCAGUUUUUUGGGGUAAAAUUAGGGGUCUCGAAUUAUAUUCCGGUCGAGUUAUAUUCUAGUAUAUACGGUAAUAAAUCCAAUAAAAAAAAAAAUAGAUGGUACAAAACUUGGUGAAAAUUGUAUGUAUGAAAAAGGUGUACAUUGUUACAAUCUUCAGAGCCAGUUGGGUCUGGUCCUAAUUAUGUAACAGCUGGUGUCUUAAACGUUCCACCACACCUCUCUGUAAUAUAAACUCCACUUUAUGUGAUCCUAAAAUGAAUGAGAGAUAACCGUAGUGUAGAUUGUAACACAAUGGUCCAUAUGAAUGUGCUGAAGAAUAACACUCACGUGGGAUAGAGCCUCUUGAUCCUAUUGUAUCUGUUUUGUGUUACUAGGAGUAACUUCCUUGUAGUGAUAAAGACUUGACUGCAAGAUGGAGAGUCCAAGUAGAUUGGCUUUAUUAUAUAUAAACCGAAAUAUAAAAAACAAUGAAUAUAAGGAAAAUUAAAGAUCAUGCCUGUAGUGGCUCUAUAUGUGAUACACGUUUCGCUGCUUUAUUGCAGUUUCUUCAAUCAGCGUUUUGUCCAGUCCUUGUGGCUUCAGUUUUUAAAAGUCCCUCCGUGAUCUCUGUUAAUUGUAGGAACACCCCACAAUGCGAGCAUCAAUCUGUGCGUAUUCUUCUUUGAUGUGAAUGACCACACCCACAGAGGGACGUGGCAACCAAUCAAAUUGGCCAGUUCAGAUUGUUCCAUCAUUCGGAACUAUACAUAUAUAGUGUUCAAAUAUUUAAAUAUAGUUUACCUCAGCAGUGAAUAAAGAAUAUUUUAAUGAAUGAAAUAACAUAAAUCUGUUAUUUUCCAUAAUUCAUACAUAAAAUAUCAAAUGAGCCUAUCAAAAUAAAGUGAUAUUUCCCUGUUUAAAAUAAGAAUUUAGUAUAAACAAUGAAGUAUAUUGUGUCUUAAAUAAAGAGGGGAAAAAGCCGAAGGAAUUGGUUUUCAAAGAGGAUAAAUAGGAUGGGAAGGAUAUAGACCCAUUACAAAAAUUAAGUUUAAAGUCCACAUGAAUCUUAGGCGUCUGAACUAAAAAUCCUGUGCAUUUCAGCUGUACACAAUUAUAUUCAACAAAUGACCGCCUCUCUAAUACUUUUGUACAUUUUUGUAUAUUAAAAAAUUGUUCUUUUUGGUCAGAAUUAUGGUGUGAACUGAAGUACACUGGAACACUGUUUGUCAUGUUCAUUGAGGAGGUGUCAGCAAUUUUCUUCUACGUGUAUGUGUAUGGGUCUUAUCGUCCUUCCUACAUAACAGACCGCAAAGGCUGAUCAACCCAUAAAUUACUUUUUAAAUUAUUUAUUUUUGGAUAAUGUGGUUACAUGCUAUAAAAAAUUUUUUAUUGGUUAUAUGUGGGUGUUAAAAAACUGUUUAGGAUUUUUUGUUUUCACUUUUUUGUAUUGUGUAUAGAGGGAGAAUAUAUACACAAGUGCUUUUAUGUUUGUUUUGGUUUUUACAAUUUGUUACAUAUACUUAUUGUUUCACCGAAACGGAUUUGUGCACAUCUAUUCUCUGGACAUUUGGUUCCUAAGCCAUUUAAAAUUGGUUACAUGUCCAUUUUUUUUUUUAGGUGUUGUUUGGAAUAGUGACUUGGUGGAAACACUUGAACUGCAGAACUUGAUGUUGUGUGCUCUUCAAACCAUUUAUGGUGCUGAGGCCAGAAAAGAAAGCCGUGGGGCUCAUGCAAGAGAAGACUAUAAGGUGAGGUGGUGUAUUUUUACGUACUGAUAUGGAUAAUAGGCAGAUGUUGGAUCAUGCUUACAACGUGCCUUGUUCAAUUCAUUUUUAUUAAACAAAACUUUAAAAAAAAUGCAUGUCUCUAAUCCAGAUAAAUAGGAAAUUCCCUUACUGUGCUGUAUAUUGACUAUAAGAUAUAUCUCCAGCAAAAAGGGGGAAUUGAGGUAGGAAACUUCAGUGAGAGGGCUUUAGGUCCCAUCUAAAGUGUGUCAUGUAGCUGGUAUGGGGCCAUCACGAUCCUUCUCAUGCCUAGUGCUGCCCUGUACCACCACUUUACAACAAGUUAUCUUUGCAGGCUGCUGUUUGGACUUUCCCUUGAAUAAUUAUUUAAUUACUUUCCUGGAAUGUAAAACUAUUUUACCGGUGUUUGUAUUGGUUAUCGCUUUGCUGGAAUGAAUACCAUAUCUCUCUUUUUAGGUAAGGGUUGAUGAAUAUGAUUAUUCAAAACCACUCCAAGGUCAACAGAAUAAACCUACCGAAGAACACUGGAGGAAGCACACUUUAGCUUUUGUUGAUAAAAAGGGCAAGGUAGGUACCACACUUUUUGAAGGCCUUUAUAUAAAUCUUAGCACGUUUUGAGUAGGGCAAUGAACACCCUUUGGUCAUGUAUGUCCAACUUGUCUUGUUGCAAAUACUUGUCUGCUGGUCCACAGUGUUUAAGAAUUUGUUGGCACUUUAUAAUUAAUAGUAGUAAACGAUAUGUUGAUGUUUGUUGUUGAUCAGACAGACUCUGUAUAAAAUGAAGCUCUGCUAGGUUCUGCACAGUUGAAAGUGCUAAAUCUCAAGUUGAUUCUAGUUUGAAUCACCACCAAGCUGUUCCCCUCAUAAUAAGCAUUGAACUCUGCAGGAUCUACACAGAGAGAGAUCUUGACAUGUCAGAAAAUUAGUAAAAGGUCUGUCUAACAGUGUCUCCAUCAGCACUUGGAUUUCAUGACUGCUUUACUUUCUACAUCUCAAUUGCUCUUUAUAGAUAUGUUUCUUAGUUUAUGCCAAGUUUAAAGGGGUAAUGUAGUGGUUAUUAUAUCAUUAGGACGUGGAACCAUUCCUUAGUUCUUAGUUAAAGGAUCACUAUAGGGUCAGGAACACAAACAUGUAUUCUUUACCCUAUAGUGUUAAAACCACCAUCUAGCCCCCCUGGGCCCCUCAUGUCUCCAUAAAUAUAGUACAAAUCUUUCUGUAUUCAAGCCUUAAGUGGUAAGUCUGCAUGCUGUUAGACUCAGAAAAACAAACAGUCUGCUGAUAUCAUCAGAAGUGAUAGCCUGAUCCAAUCACAGUGCUUCCCCAUAGGACUGGCUGAGAUUGACAAGGAGGCAGAUCAGGGGCAGAGCCAGGAUGAUUCAAACACAGCCCUGGCCAAUCAGCAUCUCCUCAUAGACAUGAAUUGAAUCAAUAAAUCUUUAUGAGGAAAGAUCAAUGUCUGCAUGCAGAGGGAGGAGAUACUGAAUGUUUGGAUGCAUUUUAGGCAGCCAUGACCCAGGAAGGAUCUCUAACAGCCAUCUGAGGAGUGGCCAGUGAAGUUAUCACUAGGCUGUAAUUUAAACACUGCAUUUUCUCUGAAAAGACAGUGUUUACAGCACAAAAGCUUGAAGUAAUGAUUCUGCUUACCAGAACAAAUUCAAUAAGCUGUAGUUGUUCUGGUUACUAUAGUGUCCCUUUAAAAUGCUUGGGGUUUUUGAGUGGCUUGAUCAAAAUUAGGUGUCCUAGAGGCACCUGCAGCCUUGCUUUUGCUCAACUAUUGUUAAAGAGUAAGUUCCACUUUCACAUUAGCAAUAUCUGUUUUAUACAGACUUUAAAUGAAUAUUCAAGACAUUUAGUAAAGGUUUGACUUCUUGGAUUUUAAAUAAAAUAAUAAAUCUAUUUCUAUAUCUAGGGGUUUAUAAAGCACUAGGCUUUAAUUGUACGUAAAAAUAAAUGAACAAUUUAAGCAAGUUAUUUGUCUAUGGACCACAUAGUACUUGGUAUGUCACAAUUCUAUAAUCUUUAUAAUGGAUUUCUUUGUUAUCUUUAGGUUACACUGCAAUACAGACCUGUCAUUGACUCAACGUUAAAUGAAGAAGACUGCUCAUCAGUCCCACCUGCAAUCCGUUCUUAUUAAUUCUCUGGCUAAACAUGUAAUGCAAUGGUUCUUUUGGAAACUUGUAAUUUUGCUUCUAGUAUUUCUUUGCACAUAAAGCUGGUGCUUGGUGAUUUUUGAACAUCACUUCCACAAUACAAGAUUAGUAUUAAAGUCAGUUUAUUUCUCAUCCUUAUUAUUGCUCCUGUUUAAAUUGCUAUAUUCACAGUGUUCAAAUGUGUGAUGUAUGUGUUUUUAAGACUGUG